UUCUGUGGAGUCAGAUGCGACUCCUUUCCAGGCCCCAUCAGGUAUCAUGGACGAGCCAGAUGCCGUAGCCAGUUUGCCCACUCCCAGUGACAUCUUGGUCUCCUACUCAACUUUUCCAGGUUUUGUCUCCUGGAGGGAGGUGUCGAGUGGCUCAUGGUAUGUGGAAACCCUGGACAGCGUGCUGGAGCAAUACGCCCCUUCGGAAGACCUGCUGAACAUGUUACUGCGGGUGGCCAAUGCUGUCUCUGCCAAGGGGAAGUACAAGCAGAUCCCAGGCUGCUUCAACUUCCUCCGUAAAAAACUCUUCUUCAAGUGCAAAUGAUGCUCCGAGGAUGCUGCCAAGCUCCAGAGCUGCUUCCCCGCAGCCAGAGGAAACCUGCUCCCUCCAGGACCCUGCAGCCAUGCUCCUGGUGCCAUCUCUGUCUGUCGAGAUGUUUGUCUUGAGGAAUGUCACCCGUGAGUGCUGUGAAAGAGGGAGGAGAUGGAGGCUGCGCCGUGCCGAUGGGGAAUGGUACGGAUGGAGCAGGAAGCCCCUUUGCCAGGGCACGCGCUGGCCCAGCGCCUCUGUGCUCGCAGAGGAGAGCACCUCCAGCUCGCUGCGAUGCGCCUGUGCUCAGCCUCAGGGUAUUUUGUUUGGUGACUGCCACACUUGCGGCCUUCUCUGCCUGGAAAACCAACUGAUGGGAUCAAAGCCUGGCACUUCAGUGGCAUGGAAUGAGUUUUGUAAUUGAGAUUUCCAGUAAAACACAAUGGAAAAGGCAAGAAAAUC